GAAAGCUACAAACCCAGUUGCGAUGAAUCCAUGAUACCCUUUCUUUCCUUCUUCCUCCCAUUUUCUUGUCUGCUAAGAGUUCCUCGUCAUUGAUUAUUCAACAUCUAAACGCCGUCGUCGGCAUAAUUUGUGUGUCUGUAGAAUACAACUCAUUCCCCUUCGAAACUUGAAAUAAACAAAAACCCACACAACCUGCGAUCAUCAACACAAUUAGGUUUUCCCCUCAAUGGUCGCCAAUUCCCACAGAGUGGGUUCUUCCUACGGUGGCGCUGCCCCUUACCGAUCAAGAGAUGGGCUUAGCCCCCGACCCGUUGGUGCCUCAGAGGAGAUCCAAUUACGAAUUGAUCCCUUGGACUUGGACGAUGAGAUCACUGGUCUUCAUCGCCAAGUUAGAAGAUUGAAACAUGUUGCUGAGGAGAUAGGAACAGAAGUGAAGUAUCAGAAAAAUUUUCUUGAAGAACUGCAAAUGACAAUGAUAAAGGCUCAAGCUGGAGUAAAAAAUAACUUGAGAAGAUUGAACAAGAGCAUCAUCCAAAGUGGUUCAAACCAUAUUAUUCAUGUCAUUCUUUUUGCGUUAGUUUGUUUCUUUGUAGUGUACCUUUGGUCCAAGAUGAUCAGAAAGUGAUUCACAGCCCAGCUUCCUGGUUGAGAGAACUCUACUAAAGGGCUGAAUCCGUCAAAUCACAUGAUAGCAGAUUUUGUUGUAAAGAAAAGGCUCCAUAAUUCUUUGGAGUUUUCUAUUAAAAUGUAUCUGACUUUUGAGAAAUGAUGAAUGAUUUGCGUGCUCAAGAGUUUGCGGUGUUAUUUUUCUCUAUGAAUGUCGUGAUAAAUUAUGUAAUGACCUUUAAAUAGAAUAGUCUUAAAUAUGUUUUUCA